AUGCCAAUAACCAAAACUCAACGAGAAGUGCUCUCGGGCCUAACAGCAGGUUUCAUCACAACAACAGUAACUCAUCCAUUAGAUCUAUUGAAAAUUAGAUUACAACUAGACAUAUCUUCAAAAACUCAUAUAGAAGCACUCUCCAAGAUCUUUAAAGGGUUCCAGAAUUCAGCAUCACCAACAAAGGAAAUUUAUAGAGGUUUACCAUUGAAUUUAAUUGGUGGAUCAUCCGCAUGGGCUAUAUAUUUCGGUUCAUAUAGAGUUUUCAAAGAUUUACUACAUGAUGAAACUCUACUGGAUGCUAAUUUAGAAUCAUGGCAAUAUUUAAUAAGUGCCUUUAGUGCUGGUUCUUUCACUGCUGUUUUAACUAAUCCUAUAUGGGUAUUGAAAACUAGAAUUUUGAGUACUAGUAAAAUAGCUCCAGGUGCUUAUAUUGGAGUUAUUGAUGGGUUUAAAAGAGUGGUUAAAGAGGAAGGUAUAUUGGGGUUUUGGAAAGGUUUAACACCAAGUCUAAUGGGUGUUAGUCAAGGUGCUUUGCAAUUUACAAUGUAUGAUACUUUAAAAUAUAGAUUUAGAGGUGAUGACGGGUUAGGUAAAUUAAAAGUUUAUGAAUAUAUCAUAAUGAGUUGUGUUUCCAAGAUAACUGCAACUUUAAUGGUUUAUCCGUGUCAAGUUUUGAAAAGUAGAUUACAAGAUUAUGAAAGUAUAACAAAGAGGAAAACUGUUAAACAAGUUGUUGAAGGUAUAUGGAGAUUAGAAGGUAUUGGUGGGUUUUAUAAAGGUGUUGUGCCAAACAUAAUAAGAGUACUUCCUGCAACUUGUAUAACAUUUGGUGUGUAUGAACAAAUGAGAAGGAUAGUGUGA